UCGCUUAUCUCGUCUUCUUUUUCCGUUUCCGGUCGUGUCUCCACCGCCAGCUGCGUGGUUUAGCGGCGUUAGCUAGCAAAGCAUACAAUCACCUUCUUCACUGCUGUGUUGACGAGCUUGGACUAAUAAGAAGCACAAUGUCAUACCACGACGAGGAGGAGUAUGAUCCUUACACCUACCCAAACGACUACGACCUACACACUGGUGACCCCAAAGCAGACCUGGCCUAUGAAAGGCAGUAUGAGCAGCAGACCUACCACGUAAUCCCGGAGGUGAUCAAGAACUUCCUGCAGUACUUCCACAAAACGAUCUCUGACCUGAUUGACCAAAAGGUGUAUGAGCUGCAGUCCAACCGUGUAUCCAGCGAGAGCAUCGAGCAGAAGAUCUAUGAGAUCCAAGAUGUCUAUGAGAACAGCUGGAACAAGUUGACUGAACGUUUCUUCAAGACGUCCCCCUGGCCAGAGGCAGAGGGCAUUGCAUCAUUGGUUGGUAACGAUGCUGUGUUUCUCAUCCUCUAUAAGGAGCUCUACUACAGACAUAUAUAUGCUAAAGUCAGCGGUGGACCAACCUUGGACCAGAGGUUUGAGUCAUACUACAACUACUGCAACCUCUUCAACUACAUUCUUAAUGCUGAUGGCCCAGCCCCCUUGGAGCUGCCAAACCAGUGGCUCUGGGACAUCAUUGAUGAGUUCAUUUACCAGUUCCAGUCGUUUAGUCAGUAUCGCUGUAAGACUGCCAAGAAGUCAGAGGAGGAGAUUGAGUUCCUGAGGAACAACCCAAAAAUCUGGAACGUACACAGUGUCCUCAACGUUCUCCAUUCUCUGGUGGACAAGAGCAACAUUAAUCGCCAGCUGGAGGUGUACACCAGUGGAGGAGACCCAGAGAGUGUGGCUGGAGAAUAUGGACGUCACUCCCUUUACAAGAUGUUGGGUUACUUCAGCCUGGUGGGGCUCCUGAGGCUUCAUUCUUUGCUUGGUGAUUAUUACCAGGCCAUCAAAGUCCUAGAAAACAUUGAGCUCAACAAGAAGAGUAUGUACUCCCGUGUGCCUGAGUGCCAGAUCACCACCUAUUAUUAUGUGGGCUUUGCCUACCUGAUGAUGAGGCGCUACCAGGACGCUAUUCGAGUCUUUGCUAACAUUCUGCUCUACAUCCAGAGAACGAGGAAUCUGUUCCAGAAGUCAACUUAUAAAUACGAGAUGAUUAACAAGCAAAAUGAGCAGAUGCACGGUCUGUUGGCCAUCGCGCUCACCAUGUAUCCAAUGCGCAUUGAUGAGAGCAUUCACACACAAUUGAGGGAGAAGUAUGGGGACAAGAUGCUGCGAAUGCAAAAAGGAGACCUGCAGGUGUUUGAGGAGCUGUUUAGCUUCGCCUGUCCAAAGUUUUUGUCACCCGUGGUGCCAAACUAUGACAACGUUCAUCCCAACUACCACAAAGAACCUUUCCAGCAGCAGCUCAAGGUGUUUGCAGAGGAGGUGCAGCAGCAGGCCCAGCUCUCUACCAUCCGCAGUUUCCUGAAGCUGUACACCACCAUGCCAGUAGCGAAGCUGGCAGGAUUCCUCGACAUGACAGAGCAGGAGUUUCGCAUUCAGCUGCUGGUCUUCAAACACAAGAUGAAGAACCUGGUGUGGACCAGUGGCAUCUCUGCUCUGGAUGGAGAGUUCCAAUCUGCCUCUGAGGUUGACUUUUACAUUGACAAGGACAUGAUCCACAUUGCUGAUACUAAAGUGGCUCGAAGGUACGGGGACUUCUUCAUCAGACAGAUCCACAAGUUUGAGGAGUUGAACAGAACGCUGAAGAAAAUGCCAGCUGCCACCACCACCACUUCAUCAUCAGGUAGCGCUGCAGCUCGAGGAGUCUGACCAUCAACAGAGUCCCAAUUUUAUUAACUAUUACUGAUGAAAGCUUUUCUAUGUAACCUGGUGAUAAUAAAAUGACAGGUAUGUGCUAAA